AUGGCUUCCAUCGCCAACCAGACAUAUACUCCCACAGAGGAGGCCGAAAUCCAGCAGUGGCUCACCACGUCAGACCGCCUCAAGUCUGGUGAGGACAAGGCCACUAUCCUCGAGACCCUCAACAGCCAUCUCGCCAGCCGAACCACCCUCCUCGGCAGCAAGCCUAGCAAGGCAGACGUAGCAAUCUAUGAGACCCUCUCCCCCAUCGUUGCCAAAUGGUCUCCCGAUGAGCGAACCGGCGAAAAGGGCCACCCUCACAUUGUCCGGCACCUUGACUUUGUCCAGAACUCCGCUCUAUUUGGCCUUGAGCUCAAAGAGGACCAGAAGAUCCAGGUUAACCAGGACGACGUCCGCUACGUCAAGCCCCCCGUUGAUGCCAAGGCUGAGAAGGAGCGCUUAAAGAAGGAGAAGGCUGCUGCUGCUGCCGCCGUUGAUGGAAACAAGGAGGCCAGCUUGGUUGACCGUACCAAGGAAAAGGUCAAGGAGAAGGUUGACGAGGCCAAGGGUGCCGCCGCCGCCGCUGUUGGCGGUGGUGGUGAUAAGCCCAAAAAGGAAAAGAAGGAAAAGGCCCCCAAGCAGCCUAAAGCUGCCCCUGCCGCCGCUCCCUUGUCACCCUGUCUGAUCGAUCUCCGUGUCGGUCACAUCCUCAAGGCCAUACAGCACCCCGACGCCGACUCUCUGUACGUCUCAACCAUUGCCAUGGGCGACCCGGCCGGCAACGAGGACUACACUGAAUACGAGGGCCAAGUCUGCCGAACCGUCUGCUCUGGUCUAAACGGCCUUAUCCCCCUCGAACAGAUGCAGGGUCGCAAGGUUGUAGUUGUGUGUAACCUGAAGCCCGUCAAGAUGCGAGGAAUCAAGUCUUGCGCCAUGGUUCUCGCUGCUUCUCCCAAGGUCAAGGAGGGCGAGGUUGACGAGGAUAAGGGCCCGGUGGAACUGGUUGCCCCUCCGGAGGGCUCCAAGGCUGGCGACCGUGUGUUCUUUGAGGGUUGGGCGGGCGAGCCAGAGGGUGUGCUGAAUCCCAAGAAGAAGAUUUGGGAGACUUUCCAGCCUGGGUUUACUACCACUGAUGACUUGGAGGUCGUGUUUGACGCUGCUGUUGUUGAGAAGCUUGGCAAGACUGGCAUUGGCAAGUUGGUCACCGAGGCCGGCGGCGUCUGCACUGUUCAGACCCUGAAGGGCGCUGCUGUGCGGUAA